UACCUGUUGACACCAUCCUUUCUUUCCGACUCUACCUUUGUUAUCCAUCUUAUUCUAUUUUCUAACCAACGACAACAAUGACAAACCAUCAUCAAGAGUCCUUAACCACUUACCCUAAACCGGGUCCAACCAGAGAACAAGAACAAGUUGACGAAGAAAUGAUGAGCAUGCAAAUGCAAGCGUUGAGGAUCACAAACUCAUUGGCUUUUCCCAUGGUUUUCAAAGCUGCCUUAAUUGGAGCUUGGCGUCCUCCAUACGAUUGUUGCCCUUGAGGAGGGCGUAUGGCUCUCGCCUUCCGAGAUAGCUUUUGGUCUCCCUACCAAGCCUACCAACCCAGAGGCACCGAUGUUGAUAGACCGUAUGUUACGGUUACUCGUCAGCCACUCGAUCUUGAAAUGUCGUUUAGUUGAAACCGGAGAAAACAAUCGAACCGAAAGUACCCAAAGGGUAUAUGCAGCGGAACCGGUUUGCGCUUUUUUCGUAAACCGUGGAGUCAACUCAGGUUCUCUCAUGUCCCAGUUCAUGUUGCUCCAAAGCCAAGUCUUUUUCAAAACUUGGUACGUUAUACGUACCUAAAUAUUUGCAAAUCAGCCAAAUUAGUAGUUGAUCCUCAUUUGUAUUAAACCGGUUAAUAACCUCUUUACUAAACCAAUAUGCGAUAAAGGUACUCUAUAUAUACACGUACUUUCAAUGAACAAUAGAAGAUUUAUGUUACAGGACACAUCUGAAGGAUGUGAUACACGAAGAAAAAGAUGCAUUCAGUUCUGCCCAUGGCAUGGGACUCUACGAAUACGUUGUACGGACGAACAAUUCGCUGCUAUAUUUAACCAGGCAAUGUCAGAUUCCUCUACCAUGAUCAUGACGAAGAUUUUAGAAGUUUACAAAGGAUUAAAAGAUGUAAAUACUUUAGUUGAUAUUGGAGGAGGACUUGGCACCAUUCUAAAUCUUGUCAUUUCGUCCAAGUAUCCUCAAAUUAAGGGUAUCAAUUUCGAUCUAGCCGCAGUUUUAGCCACUGCUCCUUCUUAUCCCGGAGUUGAGCAUGUACCCGGAGAUAUGUUUAUAGACGUUCCAAAAGGAGAUGCAAUCUUCAUGAGGCGGAUAUUACGUGACUGGAACGACAAAGAUUGUGUAAAGAUAUUAACAAAUUGUUGGAAGAGUCUUCCGGAAAAGGGAAAAGUUAUAAUAGUUGACAUGGUUGCACCAUCAGAACCAAAGAGUGACGACAUUUUCUCUAAGGUUGUCUUUGGUACGGACAUGUUGAUGUUAACACAAUGUUCGUGUGGUAAAGUGAGGUCUUUUGCUCAGUUUGAAGCUUUAGCCUCUGCUUCAGGUUUUCAUAAAUGUGAAGUAAGUGGUCUUGCUUAUACAUAUUCUGUUAUCGAAUUCCACAAAUAGAUUCAGAGUGUUUACCAAAACAAAAAGAAGCAAUAAUAUGAUUUCGUGGGAGGAAAUUAUGAACUAAAAAUGUUUUUCUUCAAUGGUAUUUUAAUUGUGUGUGAUAAAUAUUUGUUGUAUUGGUUGUUUGUAUUUCACUCAAGAUUGUGUUGAUCGUUUAAUGUCAACAAAAUAUAAUAAUUCUGAAUUUCUGAUGAUCAAUGUAAAAAUUGUUUUCCCUUGUACUUUAUACUAAAUCAUUGAUAAUA